AUAAAAGUCCCAUCUAACUUGUCAUUAUUAAACUACAAAUGAUAAACGUAAUCCAAAAAAAACAACAAUUAGCUUAUCAAGAGACACAUUUACAUAAAAAGCACAUGCCCCUCACGGGAUCAAAACAUCCCAACUUACCAAAAUUCGCAAAGUAAUUAUUACGGAGCCAACAAGGGCAUUAUAGUCAUUCCCUAUUAUCUGGUACGGUUACAAGAAAUUUGACCAGCGGUGAACCCGAGACCAUUGCCGAGCUCUAUUCUGCUCCAUUGCCAUCACCAUGUGACGACCUUCUCUCUCUAAAUUCUCUCUGUACUCUGAAAAAAAUUGUUCUUUAUUCUUAUUACAGAAACAAAUUUUUUUUUUUGGUUUCUUAAUGAUUUGUUAUAACCUUGUUGGAUUCAAACCAAACCUACACGAGAGAAUGAUGAGAAGUAGAUCACCGAUUUUGUUCCAAAUGUUUUGAUUAAACAUUCAACGACUCUUUCUCUACAUUUCUCCCAAAUCUCUGUUGAUUUUGCUAAAUCAAGCAAUGUCGCUUGACAUAAAGAGACCGAACAUCAACAAGACGAAGAAGAAGAAGACAGGUUUCGUCGUGAAAAUGCAGCUUAAUAACAACAACAGAGGAGGAAAUAAAAGAAACAUCUUUAUCUUCUUCUUCUUCAGAAAUUAUUACACAUGGAUCCUCUGGUUUUUCCUCUCUCUUUAUUUCUUCACAUCUUACUUCUCCGUCGAAGACCAAUCCCCACCGUCGUCAAUACGUCUCUUGUCUAACCACAAAACGUCGUCGUCUCUCCCAUCUCGUGCUCUCAUCGAAUCUUCCGCCAUUAAAACCAACUCCUUUGGUAAAAAAAAAACAUCGAUCUUUUAUUUCUUCUCUGUUUCAAAUCACUCAUUUUUCUCAAAAAUCGAUUUUUUUGUUCUUCUUGUAAAUAAAGGUUUAUUCAGCGGAAUGAAGAUAUAUGUUUACGAUUUACCGGCGAGUUUUAACGACGAUUGGGUCACGGCAUCAGACCGGUGCGCUACUCAUCUUUUUGCGGCGGAGGUAGCCAUCCACCGUGCGCUUCUCUCCUCCGACGUCCGUACGUUAGACCCAGAAGAAGCUGAUUUCUUCUUCGUCCCUGUCUACGUUUCUUGCAAUUUCUCCACAUCCAACGGCUUCCCUUCUCUAAGCCACGCUCGCUCUCUCCUCAGCUCCGCCGUCGAUUUUCUCUCCGACCAUUACCCGUUUUGGAAUCGGACUCAAGGCUCUGACCAUGUAUUUGUCGCUUCCCAUGACUUUGGUGCGUGCUUUCACGCAAUGGAGGAUAUGGCGAUAGAGGAAGGGAUUCCAGAAUUUAUGAAGAAAUCGAUUAUUUUACAAACGUUUGGAGUUAAAUAUAAGCAUCCAUGUCAAGAAGUGGAACAUGUUGUUAUCCCGCCGUAUAUUCCGCCGGAGAGUGUUCAAAGAGCUAUUGAAAAAGCUCCGGCGAACGGACGGCGAGACAUUUGGGCCUUUUUCCGGGGAAAAAUGGAAGUCAACCCUAAGAAUAUAAGCGGACGCUUUUACAGCAAGGGAGUGAGAACAGCCAUUCUAAAGAAAUUCGGAGGAAGAAGGCGGUUUUAUCUUAACCGGCACCGGUUUGCUGGAUACCGAUCAGAAAUUGUGAGAUCGGUGUUUUGUCUCUGUCCUCUCGGGUGGGCACCGUGGAGUCCUAGGCUAGUGGAAUCCGCCGUGUUAGGUUGUGUUCCCGUUGUUAUCGCCGAUGGGAUUAAGUUACCGUUCUCGGAGACGGUAAGGUGGCCGGAGAUCUCACUAACGGUGGCGGAAAAAGACGUGAGGAGUCUUCGAAAGAUUUUGGAACACGUGGCGGCUACUAAUUUGUCUGUGAUACAGAGAAAUUUACAUGGACCGGUGUUUAAGCGGGCCCUCUUGUACAAUGUGCCGAUGAAAGAAGGAGACGCCACGUGGCAUAUUCUCGAGUCGUUGUGGAGGAAGCUCGAUGAUCGGUCGUACAGAAGGUCAAGGGUUUUAAGCCAAUGAUAAGUCGACACGUAAGAUUCUAUGUCUAAAUGGAUGCUAGGCUGGAUUUUUUCGGACUGUUUCGGAAUUGGUAAACCGGGAAUGUCUCGAGUGGGGUCCACAACGUGAGGGGGAUUAACUCGGGCACGUGAGAUGUUUGCUGAGUUGGCGAUUAUUGAGUGGAUUAACGUGCCCCAGGGAAGUGAAAGUGUAAAGUAUUGCUGACGUGUAAUUCUUUUGAUGAGUAGGUAUAUAAAUUCUUUUGAAUAUAAAGUUGAUCGAAAUGCAAAGUUAAAUCAAAUCUCAACUUCA